AUGGCCACGUCUUUUGUUAACUUCAGCUCCUCGGAACCUGAACUCACAGUAGCCCAGGAUGACCAAGAUCUCAAGUCCCUGGACAUGGCGGAUGAAGGCGGGAAAAGCUUUGGGAGAGUUCUGCCUCGGCCCCAGUCGGCAUCGCAACGCAUCUGCCCCACCAGCCGCCUCCUCCUCCUCGUGACGGGCCUCUGCACUGUGCUUGGCCUGUUGGUCAUUCUGCUGGGCAUCAAGGGGGCUCAGCUUGGCACAGAUCAACAGGGGGCGUGGGAGUCCCUCCGAAGCUUUAACAAGACGGUCUCCGUGGGCUUCACCAGCCUCCGGCAGAAGAGGAACAGCACCAGCUCACAACUGACCACACUGGAGCAAACCUUGAACCGCGAGGGCAAUGAGACGGAGAGAAUCAAGAAGCGGCUGGAGAGCUUGCUGGCGAUCCUGCAACAGGACUCGAACUUGCUGAGUUGUCAGCUGGUGGAGCUACAAAGCAAUGGCAGUAAGUCCGGCUGCUGCCCGAAAGGCUGGGUGGUCCAUCAAGAGAGUUGCUACUGGGUGUCCCGUUUACAGCGGCCGUGGAUGGAAGCAAAACGGGACUGUGAACGCAAAGAUUCCCACCUGGUUGUCAUCAAUUCCCCCGAAGAGAAAAAAUUUGUGGAUCAGCUCAGGAGGUCGUCUUACAUGUGGAUUGGCCUGACAGAUGCCGAUGGGAGCUGGAAGUGGGUGGACGGGACAGGCUACACCGUACACUCGGAGGACUGGGGUGAUGGUCAGCCAGACCACUGGUACGGCCACGGCCUCAGGGGAGGGGAGGACUGCGUCCACACUUUCCCCGAUGGCCGCUGGAACGACAACCACUGUUCCCGUUCGUUCGCCUGGAUGUGUGAGAAGGAGCUGAAGGUUUAG